ACUCAAUGGAGAGGACUGCGCGCAAUUCUACCCAAUCCUAACCUCGGUCGAGUUCGUGUAUCCUCGGCAAAGGCUAUUGCCAGCAGUGUCGCUGACAGGUAUCAGCUGUUUCAGUAAAUAAACUGCCGCAUUUCAACGAUGGACGGCGUUGAGAAUACUUCAGAUGACCGUCAGGUAACCGAUGAAGAUGUCAGCGAGUCAGACAACAUCAGUGAAUGCUUGUCGCAACAAAGCGAAGAUGAUAAUAACUGGUAUUACAUGCCGGACUCGAUUCUGCUGAAUAUCUUCCAAUACCUAACGCCAAAGGAGCUGAUGACUGCAGGAGAGGUAUGCAGAUCGUGGCACAGGGUAUCGCACGAUGAAUUCCUGUGGAAAGAUUUAUUUUAUCAGACAUACAAAAUAGACUCGGAUGUCGGCAUCAUGCCAGGAAAAAUGUCUUGGUUAGGAGAAUUUAAACGUUUGGCAUAUCAUACUCCAUUAAUAGAAACUGAAGUUCUCAAGGAGCAUUCGCAUCAAGUAUUACAUGUGAGCUUCUCUCAUAAUGGCAAAAUGUUUGCUACUUGUUCAAAAGAUGGAUAUAUCUUUGUAUGGCAAAGUCAACAUCCUGUUACUAUAAAAUACUUACAUGACAUGAAGACAUUUAGUUGGAAGUAUACACAAUUUUCUCAAUUUAAUUGUACAGAUACUUUACUUCUUGUGUCUGGUGUCCAUUUUGGUACACCUCAUAGUACUUCAGGAGAGAUAGCAGUGUUUAGAGUAGCGCCUGGCUUUGACCUCCAAUGUAGAGUAGUGAAUAAGCCAUAUGACAUAUUUGGUACAUGGUACAGUGAACGUUACCUUUUGAGUGGAAAUUUGCAUUGGUUGGCGCACUUGGUCAGUACAAGUGUACUUUGGCUCAAUAAGGCAAAUCAGGAAUCAGCUAGUGAACAUGUACCCAUUAUGACACAGCUUUUUAGAUUCUACAAUGAAAAUGCUUCCUCAAUUAGAGCUAUUAUGGUUGCAAAUUGUUUAGCACCUACACUAACUGAAUCUAUGGAACAACAAAACCAACCAUCAUCUUCAAAUAUGAAAGAGGAAAAAGGAAAUCCUCCAAGUCAUAAAGAUCUAUUGUCACCAAGUAAUAGCUCUCAACAACAGGAAGAACCAGUAGUGCUACACCAUGCUUCAUCGAGAUUGCAAUAUAGUACAUUAGAAGGUGGAUUUAUGAAUUGGAGAAAACUUGGUGAUGGUUUUGACUAUGCUAGUCCUAUACAGUACAACCAAGAAUAUAGGCAGGUUGAGAUGGAGAAGAAGACGCAUGAAAGCGAUAGCGAAAGUGAAAAUCCACAAUGGGAAGAAGAGAGUGAGUCUGGAGAAUCAUCAGUAACUGAGGAAUGUGACACAGACGAAUUGGCAAACAACCCUGAAAAGUUUCUUAUUUUCACGACUGGCUCAAAGACGUAUACUCCCCAUAAAGUUGGUUUUAAGAGAAUUAAAUUAGUUAGUUUUCCGAGAAGAUUGGAUCCGGGACCAUCGCUACGCGAGAGAAUAGCUCAGCGAGAAAGGGAACGGGAGAGACGCAAUACUGCAUCAUUAGACACUAAUUGGUUGGAUUACGAAUCGGUGGCGGAUAGAUUUGAUAAAGUAGACCAUCUGAUCGAUCUUCAUGGCCAUAUUAUUGGAAUGGGACUUUCACCCGAUCAUAGAUAUCUCUAUGUAAAUACAAGACCAUGGCCAACGGGUUAUGUUAUCACUAAUCCGUUACAACCACCGCCGAUAGCUCAAGAAAUUGACAUACACGUAAUCGAUUUGGUAACGUUGAAGCAAGUCGGAACUAUGUUAAGGGCACACAAGGCAUAUACGCCUAAUAAUGAAUGUUUCUUUAUAUUUUUGGAUGUAUGCAAUGAAUAUGUAGCAAGCGGUGCAGAGGAUAAACAUGGUUAUUUGUGGGAUAGACAUUAUGGAGUUUGCUUAGCAAAAUUUCCCCAUAAUGAUGUUGUCAAUUCCGUAGCUUUUAACCCACGUGAUCCAGAAAUGUUAGUUACAACUAGUGAUGACUAUACAGUCAAAGUAUGGCGCAGUCGCGCUAUGGUGAAAGCUUUAGGUUUGGAUGAAUAUAAUUAUCCCAGAGGGUUAGAGGUACGAAAGAGACGUAGGUUCCAGAAAAGCAGUUGUAACAUCGACUGACUAAAAACUAUCAAGUUUCCAAUAUAAAUGUUUGCUUAUAUAAGAUCCUAAUGAUAUUCUCUUAAAAAUUAUCUUGCACUUAAGUUUGUACUAUACAGAAUCAUCUAGAAUAUUAUCAUUAUGUAAAGGCACAAAUAAUAAUCGGAAUAUAUUUUUGAUUAUCUAAUAUUAUGCAAAUGUGUGCACAUGCAAACUUUCGUUUCUUAAUAUGCUACAGAAUCUCACUAGGAAAGCAUUAUUUAAAUAAAAUUACUAAGAAUGUUGUUAAAAAUAUAUAUCUUGAAGGAAUAUAUUGUUGUCAUGUCUAUUGUUACAGCAAACAAGAGAUUAGAAAAUAAUUGACAAAAAAUUUUAAAACUUACUUGAAAAUGAUAUAAUCAAAUUAUUUUUAAAUAGCUUAAAAUUAUAUUCAUAUAUAGCCUGUAUCAUAACAAAAAUCCAGAAAUUUAUCUUCUGAUAAAACUACGAGGUCUAUCCCAAAAGUAUCCGACCUCUGCGUAUAUCUUUGUUCUUUGGUAUCCUAUUGUGGAAAACAGGUAUUCAGUAUUUAGGGUGGACUUUUAGAAGUACCCCCAUCAAGCGGCACGACCCAAUAGCUGUUCAAUCGACAAUGGUACGCAGUUGUGUGAACGUCAAAAACACCGAGCGUCGCGUGAUUAUAAAAUCGUUCUACGAGUGCUUACGGAAGAUCAAAAGAAUUCUCGAGUUAAAAUUGUCGAAAAUAUCCUAGAAUCCAUCAACAAAGAUCCUGAGUUGUUUAAAAGGGUUGUUACUGGCGAUGAAACAUGGGUUUAUAGCUACGAUCUUGACUUAUGACGUUUAGUCAUUAUGAAAUGCGACGCUCAUAUAACUGCGUACCGUUGCCGACUGAACAGCUGUUGGGUUGUGCCGCUUAGUGGGGAUACUCCAUCCUAAAUACUGAAUACCUGUUUUCCACAAUAAGGUGCCCAAGGACAAAGACAUACGCAGAGGUUGGAUAUUAUUGGGACAAACCUUGUAUAUUUGGGAUUCUCAAUGAAUAUAUAUUUGAAAUUCUCAAUGAAUGUGUGCAAUGAGAAUUAAGUUUUGUGUGGCUAUGCUGUUGUCCGUGAAUGAUCUAACACUGGAUUUUUUUUUAUUCAAUUAUAUUUUUAUGUAUAUUUGAAGUAUUUGUAAAUUUCGCGUACUUAUGCUGAAUGAAGGGAAAGAUGAAUAAAUAUAAAUAUGCAUUA